GUUCCAGGCAGGAGUGGGGGUUCCCGGGCAGCCGAAUGCAUGGUUCUUGUUCAAUACUCUGGCAGGGAGUGGAAGGCUGAGCCGGUCUUUAUUGCAGAGGUGAGUCGUUAGUGAGAUGAUUGUCAGCUGCCCGGGAGACGUGGAGAUAGUUGAUUGCCUGAGUGGAGUCAGCUGGAGAAGCUAGACUCCACUCAGGCACCGAGCUGUAGGGGAAAGACAAGACAGAGGAGCAGAUGAAAGAUAGGCAGGCCAGGCAGGGCAGAGGAACGGAUGAGACAGGCAGGGCAGAGGAACGGAUGAGGGACAGGCAGGGCAGAGGAGUGGAUGAAGGACAGGCAGGGCAGAGAAAACAGGAGAGGGGGAGAGAAGCAGAUGGGAAAAGGGGUAUUUGGGGAUGUCAGGUGGGAAGGAUGGGGGUGAGGAGGGAGCCCUGACAGAGAUGAAUCCUGCUGAUUCUGGUGUCCUCCUACAUGUUUAUAGGACAGUUUGGCUUCAACUGAAACACCUCAAGAACCUUUGGAGGUUUUUCUUCUGUCCUUCAAGAUGAGUUUAGUUAGGAAAUGUUAGUAGACUGAAGUUGAGAACUGCAAAACUCUCGAAAAAGUCUGGGGUCAUCCAGAUAGUUCCAUGUUUUCCAUGAAAACUCCCACUUUUAUCCAUGUGCUAACAUAACUGCACAAGGGUUUUCUAAUCAUCAAUGAGCCUUUCAGCACCAUUAGCUAACACAAUGUAGCAUUAGAACACAGGAGUGAUGGUUGCUGGAAAUGUUCCUCUGUACCCCUAUGGAGAUAUUCCAUUAAAAAUCAGCUGUUUACAGCUACAAUAGUCAUUUACCACAUUAACUAUGUCUACUCUGGAUUUAUCAUUCAUCUCAUGGUGUCUUCAUUAAAAAACAGAGAGACUUAGAAUUGAUUUUAAGAUAAUACUGAUGACUUUUGACACUGUCCAAAUCUUUGGGAUCUGAUGACCCCAUAUGAUCCUCAGAGGGAUCCUUCUGGAAUUUUAAACCUAAAGAUGGCCGGUCGUUCUCCAUCAGGAUCUCCACUUUAACAUGACCAGCUGAGGAGAUCAGACCUGCAGAGUUCUUCUACAGACCUGCUUUUACGUGAGGUUUCCGUUUAGCUUUAAUUAGUUUUUGAGUUUUAUUCUGUCCUGUUUUUUUUAGAUGUUUUCUGGUUUUAUUUUACUUCAAUACUAAUUUUAUUUUAUUUUUUUUAUUUUUAAUUUCUAACUUCUAACCUUCAGUGUUUGUCAAACUGCCUGGUUCGCUUGUUUAAUAUGAAUGCUUAUCUAACUAAUUACUCAUUCCAUUUAUUGUCAUUUUUAACCAUUUAUUUAACUGACUGCUCUGAUUUGUCUCCUAUAUCUUGUUUGAUUGUGUGUGUUUCAUGUUUUAACCAUCAAAUCACUUGGUGAACGCUGUUCUUAAGGCUGCUAAAUGAAUAAAGUUAUUAUUAUUACUGUUAUACAGUUUUUAACCCUAGUUCUGUAGAGCUCCAGAGGUCCAGUGAUUCUGGAGAACAGAGGCGGUUCUAAGGCCAAACCUUAGCGUCUCUAAAAGGAGAGUCAUCUGCUUGUCCAUGUAGCGUCCCGCUGACACCAGACCAUCCGCCCUCCUCUACGCCUCCUCCCUGCACUGUAACCUUCCUCCUGGGUAUAUAUAGUCUGUGGGACCACCACCCUUCUCCUGGCAGCCAUCAUGAAGGGCACAGUCUCGAUCUGCUGUUUCCUCUCCCUGCUGCUUUUGCAGGCCACAGCAGAAGAAGAAGAAGAUUUCACCUCCGUCCUCAGAGACAGAUCCCACAUCGAUGAGACGCUGCGACUCGCAACUGAGGAGAAAGCAGGAGACUAUGCAGCGGCUCUACAGAGGUUGCGGAAGAUCUACCACACGGCCAUCAAGCCCAUGGAGCAGGCCUACAAGUACAACGAGCUGAGGCAGCACGAGAUCUCAGACGGGGAGAUCACCUCCAAACCCAUGGUGCUGUUCCUGGGACCCUGGAGUGUAGGAAAGUCCUCCAUGAUCAAUUACCUCCUGGGCUUGCAAGACAGCCCCUAUCAGCUCUACACAGGAGCUGAGCCUACUACCUCUGAGUUUACUGUUAUUAUGCACGGGGAGAAGAUCCGCUCUGUUGAGGGCAUCGUAAUGGCAGCAGACAGCUCUCGCUCCUUCUCUCCUCUGGAGAAGUUUGGCCAAAACUUCCUGGAAAAGCUGAUCGGUAUCGAAAUGCCCCACAAGCUGCUGGAACGCGUGACGUUUGUGGACACGCCCGGAAUCAUCGAGAACCGCAAGCAGCAGGAGAGAGGCUAUCCUUUCAACGAUGUCUGCCAGUGGUUCAUUGACCGAGCAGACCUGAUCUUCGUGGUGUUUGACCCCACAAAGCUGGACGUCGGUUUAGAACUGGAGAUGCUCUUCCGGCAGCUGAAGGGUCGUGAGUCCCAGAUCCGCAUCAUCCUGAACAAGGCUGACAACCUGGCCACCCAGGACUUAAUGAGAGUCUACGGAGCUCUGUUUUGGAGCUUAGCUCCCCUUAUCAAUGUGACCGAACCUCCCCGGGUCUACGUCAGCUCCUUCUGGCCAUACGACUACGCACCUGACACCAGCCGUGAGCUAUUCAAAAGAGAGGAGAUUUCCCUCCUGGAAGAUCUCAACCAGGUGAUUGAGAACCGAAUGGAGAAUAAGAUUGCCUUCAUCCGCCAACACGGCAUCCGAGUUCGUAUCCACGGCUUGCUGGUAGAUCGCUACGUCCAGACCUUUAAGGAGAAGAUGAGCUUCUUCAGUGACCCUGAGCUUGUCUUCAAGGAGAUUGUGGAUGAACCAGACAAGUUCUACAUUUUUAAAUCCAUCCUGGCCAAGACCAAUGUCAGCAAAUUUGACCUGCCCAACCGAGAUGCUUACCGUGACUUCUUUGGCAUCAACCCAGUCACCAACUUCAAGCCGCUGUCCACUCAGUGCUCCUACAUGGGAGGCUGUCUGCUGGAUAAGAUUGAGAGGGCGAUCACCAACGAGCUGCCUGCCCUUCUGAGCAGCAUUAACUCUGGUAAGCAGCCUGGCCUGUCGUCCUGCGAGGCUACCGGCUGUGGAGAGAAGCCAAAGAACCGCUACCGAAAGAACUGAGGAACACAAUAUAACUGGAGGGAGGACGUAAGGAGAAAGAGGAAGAGAUGGGGUCUGGUGGAAACCAACCCUGCUCUUAUCAGAACGUUUGUUAAGGAGACGGAGGAGACAAGAUUAAAGUUAGUUUUUUUCCUCAGGAGAAUACAGGGAGGUACAUUAGGGACUAAGAAUAAUGCAGACAGUGGGAGGGAGGGUCAUCGUCUGAUAAGGCAGCUUAAGGACACAAACGCUGAAGAAACGACAACAUGCCACUGAUCACUGAGUUUGUUAAAUACAUCCCUCCUCUCUCCACUGCACACAUUGGACUGUUGGGACUUUGGGGUUGGGGGAAAAAUGAUGUCAAGAUAAACAGAAAUAGAAAAAAAAUAAGCAAGAUUAAAUAAAAAUUGAAACUCCUGAGACUGAAACUAGUCAAAUACCAGCUCCCUUGUAUGUGAAUAAAGCAGGAAAAGUGGAAACAGAAAUCUGUGUUGUAAAAUCCUGAGAGUUGCAUCGCAGCAGGUCGAUUCCACGAGCUUCAGGAGAGGUUUUUGAAGUAGCCUUGUUGUGGGUGCUAAUCAAAGUCUUGGUGUUUGGGUAGUCAUCCAAACCUUAGCUUUUAAAUAGAUUAACUUUGCAUGUUAGAUAUCACACCUUACUGAACAGAUGCAUGUAUUUUACGUCUAACAUAAACGAGUAAUAUCUCCUCAUGUACUGACACCUAAACCUGUCCAACCAAUCAGGCCAUUCUUAGUUUUUUAUGCAGUUUGGUUGUUGACAACCUGAGAAAGUAGCAGAGGUCAGGGUUCAAGGCUCAGAGUCUUCGUUUGUUCUUUCUGUUCACUUAACUCUUCUUACUGUUUUUCUUUAUGUCUAUAAAGUUGCCGGUCUUUGGCAGAAAUCCA